UGCGUAUGUAGUCAGUAGUGCAAUAAAAAUUUACUGUUUACCUGUGUAAGUGACAGGAGGCGGUUGACUGCCACUCGGCAGUUUGUGUAGUGAUUAUGGCUGCGUUAGAUGAGUGCGGUAUCGGGGAUUUCGUUCUUUUGGACGAGAUAACCGCCGAAAAUUUCCUAGCAAAUCUGAAAAUUAGGUUUCAAAAUGGCAGGAUAUAUACAUACAUCGGAGAAGUGUGUGUGUCAGUCAAUCCUUACAAAACCCUCAGUAUUUAUGGGAACGAUUAUAUCAACAAAUACAAAGGGCGAGAGAUGUUCGAGAACCCGCCGCACAUCUACGCGCUGGCGGACGCGGCGCAUCGCGGGAUGAAGCAGCGGGGCCGCGACGCCUGCAUCGUCAUCUGCGGCGAGUCCGGCAGCGGCAAGACCGAAGCCAGCAAGAUCAUCAUGAAGUACAUCGCCGCAGUCACCAACAUCACCGGUCGCUCCGAGAUAGAAAGGGUGAAAAACAUUCUUAUUCAGUCAAAUGCAAUUUUAGAGGCUUUUGGAAAUGCUCAAACGAAUAGGAACGAUAACUCUUCUAGGUUUGGAAAGUAUAUGGAUAUUCACUUUGACUUUAAAGGCGAUCCAAUCGGUGGAAAUGUUAGCAACUAUUUAUUAGAGAAAUCCCGUGUCAUCCAUCAACAACCUGGGGAGAGAAAUUUUCACUCUUUUUACCAGGUUCUUGUAGCGUGUCAAGAUGUUGAUCUGCGUAAAUUAGAGUUAGGCUUGAAACCAGAUCCAAAGCAUUAUUUGUACACUAAGGGCAACCCUGGUGGACCAACCAGCAGUGAUCGCUCAAAUUACUCUGCCAUGAUAGCUGCAUGCCGCACCUUAGGUUUUUCACAAGAAGAAAUCCACACCUUGCUCCAAGUGGUCGGGGCUGUUCUGCAUUUGGGCAAUAUCAACUUUAUAAUGAAUGAAGAUAUGAUAAACAUCAAGGACAACUCAUCCUUAAGACACACGGCCAAACUACUCAAAGUCGAAGAGGGUGCUCUGAAGACAGCUUUAACGGAAAGAGUUAUAGCAGCUCGAGGGGAAGUCAUGCAAAAAAUGCACAACGUUUCAGAAGCGGAGUACGGGCGGGAUGCACUCGCCAAAGCAAUUUAUGAUCGCCUUUUCACGUGGAUCGUACAGAAAAUUAAUGCUGCUCUUGAUCCCGACCAAGGCCAAGCAAGGAGGUAUCGAGGCACUCUCAUUGGUGUUCUUGAUAUCUACGGAUUUGAAGUUUUUGAUGCCAAUAGCUUUGAACAGUUGUGUAUCAACUACUGCAAUGAGAAGCUCCAGCAACUGUUCAUUGAACUUGUUUUGAAGCAGGAGCAAGAAGAAUAUAGGAAAGAAGGGAUUGAGUGGGAGAACAUUGAUUUCUUCAAUAAUCAGGUGAUUUGUGAACUUGUUGAAAAACCGCACCAAGGUAUUUUUGCAAUCAUGGAUGAAGCUUGUUUGAACGUCGGCAAAGUUACGGACGAAAUGCUUCUGGAAGCCAUGGAUCAGAAACUAGCCUCACACCAGCAUUACCAUAGCAGGAUGACCAAGGCGUCUGACAAACAGUUAGCCCAUAAAACACAGUUUAAAAUCCGACACUAUGCCGGCGAUGUCAUCUACAACAUCCAUGGAUUUUUAGAGAAGAAUCGGGACACCCUCUUUCAAGAUUUCAAGCGUUUAUUAUAUUCCUCCUCUAGUCGUGUUAUUUCCGGUAUGUGGCCGGAAGGUGCCAUGGAUAUUACAAAAACAACGAAACGACCUCUCACUGCAGGCACUCUCUUCAAAAACUCGAUGAUAGAGUUGGUGAAAGCCCUGGCCAGCAAAGAGCCUCAUUAUGUCCGAUGUAUAAAACCUAAUGAAGCUAAAUCACCAACAGUUUUUGACGAGGAGCGUGUUGAGCAUCAGGUUCGAUACUUGGGUCUGCUGGAAAAUGUACGAGUUCGAAGAGCAGGUUUUGCACAUAGGCAGCCAUAUGACAGAUUUCUGAAAAGGUACAAAAUGGUUUCCGAGUUCACUUGGCCUAACUUCAGGGGAGACUCUGACAAAGAAGGUGUACGGGUUCUAAUUGAUGAGCAAGGAUUCUCAAAUGAUGUCAAGUAUGGAAAAACCAAAAUUUUCAUCAAGUCACCAUCAACGCUAUUUGCACUGGAAAACAUGCGAGCUGAAUUGAUCCCUGGAAUUGUAACGCUCCUGCAGAAACAGUGGCGAGGUGCAAUAUGCAGACAACGAUACAAGAAAAUGAAAGCUGCCAAAUUCAUCAUGUUAUACUAUAAGAAAUAUAAACAGCGAAUGUAUAUAACAGCUCUCAGUCAAACUUUCAAGCAUGCCAAAAACAUGCGAGACCAUGGGAAGUCGCUCUCUUGGCCAGAACCCAACUUUGCCGUAGUCCAUGUGGUCAGUAAACUGUAUGCAAUGUACAGAAGAUGGUGGGCGUACAUGCUUCUGAAACCGUAUCCACGCCAUGAGUGGUCACAAUUAAGGAUGAAGAUGUCAGCUGCUAUUGCUCUGAAAGGAAAACGAUCAUCAUGGGGCGGAAAUCGGAGUUGGCAGGGAGAUUAUCUUGGAUCAUCAUUGGAAAACCCGCAUCACACAGCAUACAAAACAGGAGUCCAGAACAUCAAGAAUCAGCAUGAAUUUAGUGAGGUUCUCUUUUCCUCAUUCAUUCGAAAAACAAACAAAUUCAACAAAUGUGCUGACCGAGCACUUUUGGUCACUGAUGUUUAUAUCUACAAAUUGGAUACUCAAAAAUUCAAACCAAUGAGGAAAAUGAUGAUUCAAGAGAUCACUGGAUUGAGCGUUAGUCCUGGUGAAGAUCAACUGUUAGUCAUUCAUAGCAAUAAGGGAAAUGAUUUAGUAGUCACUUUACAAACGUCGGAAGACCGGGUAGGCGAAUUAGUCGGUGUUCUCUCAACUCAAUUCAUUAAGUUGAGGAGAAGUGAUUUACCGGUCAAUGUUGCCAACAAACUGUGUUGUAUGCUAGGAAACAAAAGUAGAGAAUUGAGGGUCGAAGUCCGGCCUGGGACGCAACUACCCAGUUUCUGCAAGGAGAACAACGCAAUUGUUUACGUGUUACCACCCACUUUUUCCAUCAACCAAACCGCACCCACACCAAUCAAAGUCUAAGUUUGUUAUUGCUGUCGAAUGGUCUCAUUUUUGUGUUCCCCGGGUUUCUCCAGACUUCGGUGACGAGGAUGCUCCGAGACAUCUUUCUUCUUGAUAAUGUUUUAGUGUUAAAAUUUUUCCCAGACUCUUUAAUCGUGUAAACGAUUCUACAUGUUUCAAUGGCUUUAAGGUCUUUGUUGAGUCUCAUGUUGUAGUGGUAUAAUUUUUGUUUCAAAGGUUGACUGAGAAGCAUCACAUCUCAUCUUUUUUUACUUAUUUUUUAUUUUACGACUCCUAAAACGUUUUAAAAGAAAUGCAUAGUUAUUGCUCCAUUUUCAAGGCUUGCAAUAGACUCUAAGACAUUCUUCAUUACUCAAGUAUUGAAAAUGUCAAAAUAUCUCAGUUUUUAAGUAUGUACUUGUAUUUUCAAAACGGUUCAAUUAAAUGUUUCAUAUCCCCCCCAGUUGCCUGUAUGAUAUUUAUCUUCCGCGCAAGAGAUGAUCACGACCAUUUUUUGAAAAAACCAUUGUUGACUUGUAAGAGAUCUGGAGAAAGAUUUACCUCCCUCGAUAUGGUUUUGUAAAGAAAGCCUCGAAAAUCUACUUUAAGAGAAUUUAGUGGAGAAUAAUCAGUAUAUCCUAAAAUUUUCCAUUUGUAAUGGUGUAACAAUUUUUUAUUUUAUUUUCAUUUGUGCGUUUGAUUUUGUAAAUUGAAUUUUUUUCAGUUUAUGAAGUAUAGAACUCCAUGUUUUUGUGAUACAAAUUUUAUUCGUUGAAUGUUAUAUUUCCCAUUGAGAAAUUUUUAAUUGUUUGAAAUAUUUGUGCAUUGGUUGGUAAUUUUAUUAAUUAAUUUAUUUAUUUUCUUCUUUGUGCUGUUUUAUUAUUCAGAUUUUGGUAAGAAAAACUUUUUUUUUUAUAUUUCGCUCGGCAUCUGCAAUUCUGCAUGGAGGUCCAACCUUAAUAGAUUAAAAUAAGAUUUUUUUAAAAAAUUUUCCCAGUCUCCGUCCAUUUGUUUUCUUCUUUUCUUUUUUUUACUCUUUUUUUCUUUAGAGAGUACUUAAAUUAUUACUUUAUCUCUUUGUUUUAACAACCAGAUGUCUAACAUUAGAAUACAAUUUUUACUCGUUUCCUAUAAACUCAGCUCUGAACAAUGUAAAAUAUAACCGAGAACACUGCCGGAAGAAGUGUGUUUAUCUUUAAUUUAUAAUAUUGUAAAUGUCGUUUUUUGGGGAGCUUCCUCAAUUAAGGCUGUUAAAUCUGAAAAUAAGUCUAAGUGGAGGGUGUCUAGCAACCAAGAGUUAUCAGGGUAUUUCUUGAGGAUCAGGAACAACCAGAAAAGUCCUCUAGAUUUUGCAAUGAAGUCGCUGAUCAGGGAAGUUCACUUUUAAAAAUACCUUAUUUCUGCUGUCGUGAUCACGGAAAAUCUUAUUUUGUAGAGAAUCUUUCCUCGUUCCUCAGAAAUCACAGAUAAUCUGAGAAUUUUUACUUUUUUAUUGAGAUCAACAUGAAACCUACUCAGCGAAUACUACCACCUCUUGAAGUUUUUAAUAUCAUGGCUUUCAAUUAGUAAUUUUAAUUUUAUUUGAGUUUUCUAUAUUAAAAACCUUGCUUUGCAAGCUCAAGGAGCUUGAUGUUUUACAAACGAUACCUCACAGAUUUUUUUGGUCGUGUCAAAUUAAGAAUAAAUGAAUUUUAGUUUAUUUUGUAAAAAAAUCCUGGAAGUUUUUUCAUUUUGAUAGCAAGCAUUGUCUGCUAUUGAAACUUGCAAUGAAAUGUACCUACUCGGUUAUUUCAAUUUUUAUCAAGUGUUCAUUUUAUUUGAAUGAAUUCUGGAAUGUUUUUCUGUCUUUGUAAAAUGAUUUCUGAUUACCCUUUGAUUCAAAAUCCUUGUAAUGGAGAAAUCAUGAAACCAACAAUACCAGAAUUACUUUUAACUAAUUAUUGCUAUGUACUUAUAUGUUACAAAUUUCUUUUGGUUUACUAGGUUGUUUGUUCUCCUUCCAAGUUUUUCUUAAAAGUUUUUUCCUCUAAGUAGAAAAGAAAAUUGAAUGAAAUGAGCCUAACCUAUUGAGAAUUUUACCAGGUUGGAUGUUUACUUUUGCUGUAGGAAAUAAAAAAGUGUGUUGUUGGAUUGUAGGUAAAAUCACAGAUAUUUUUUUUUUUACUGCUUAAAGAAAUUGCUUUGUCGUCGAUCUAAACAUUUCUUAACCAUCUGUGACUGUCCAAGAGAUUAGAUAGAGACAUGAAGUAAGGUGUUUAAAGUCUGCAGGUGCCUUAGAAACUCAAAGUUUUCCAACAGUGAUAUUAUGAGGUUGUGCAACAAACAUUAUUUAACAAACUUCUUUGAAGCAGCAUAUAGAUUCUUGAUAUACCUGGCAAGACUCUUGUCCUAUACGAAUAAAAUUAUAUUCUGUCAUAGAGCAGAAGAUUUUUUGUAAAUUUUUUGCUGCUAUUUUAACAACGAAAAAAUAUUUUUUUUCAUUUAAAAUGUCUGUCAGUCUAUUUAAGGAUAAAAAUUUUACCCCAUUUUUGCAAUUGCCUUGCAUCCAUUUAUACCACAGUUGCUCAAUCUUUUUUACCCCUCUUUUUUGUGCGUCAUUGAUUUUGCCAGAAGUGCAUGCCUAGCAUUUAUUUUUCGAUAUUUAAGGCCAAACUGAACUAGAUCCUUAAAAAUGUUUAAGUUUUAAUUAUGUGUAAAGAAAUAUGUAGGUUGAAUCAUUUGUUCCACAAUAAUAUUUCUCUCCAUAAUGCAAUAUUUUGCUGAAAAUCUUGACCGAAAAGAUUAUGCAUCAGGAUGCCUCUGAAGGUACAGAAGAUGCUCAAUUGUUUUUUUAAAAAAAUGCAUGAUUUUUCUUGACUUUCUUUUAUUAGACCUUAUGAUCGUUUGCUUUCAUUUGGUAAUAUGCUUAUAAAAUAUUUCUGCAAUGAAGUCUGUUUUUUUGCUCUAGGUCCAUACGUUUAAAUUUACAAUAAUUAUAUUCUUCAUCAGUAGGUGUUUCAUAGCCAGCCAACAUUUAUCCAGUAAAGACACUGAUUGCCACACUGUUUAUGUCAGACCACUGAGCAUUGGCGCAGCUAAAAAACCUCUCAUGGCUCCUCUGUUCAUUGCAUCAGUCCACAUUCAUAUACUGUUGUGUAAAAUGCAAGCUAAAACUUCGAGCUGCAAUAUUUUUUCACCCAGAUUUUUGUAUUUGAAUUUGCUUGGAGAUCACGGAAAAAAAAAAGUUGCUUAAGUGACAGCCUGGAUGUUAAAAAUCUGUACGAAACUUUUUGAAUGUUAUUAUGGACACUUCGGCUGUUAAUGGAACAUCCUAGUUAUGCUGAAUUAACAAUCGCAACUUUCAUAUGAACAUUUAAGAGUUGUUGCACAGAUAUUUAACAUCUGGGAUGUUACUUCAGCAACUUUUUUUUGUGGAUAUUUGUAAAAGUAAACCACUUUGAUCUCAUGAGAUAAACUAGCAAAGAUUGCACUGCCAUCAAUAUCUUCAACUACAACAGGUUUUCAGACUGUUUUGACCAAACAAUGUAUAAUCAGUGAAUUAAUCAACAUCAAAUUUUCAUAUCUAAAUUGUAAUUUUUCAAAAUUUCCAUGCACACUUAAAUUUAUAAGGAGAAAAAAAAUUAUAAUUUGGCUUAUUUUCUCUGAUCACUGUUCCUUGAUCAUCCUGUGAAAAGUUCAAUUCAAAAUGUCAGCUCUUUUCCUUAUGAAAAAUGAGGUAUGGGAGGAAACUUCAUACUUUCGCAAUUUACUUCACUUUUGUGCUAUUCAAAUUUGAAAUCUGGCGUUUUAUUUGUGGCUGUCAUAAUGAAUGGUGCUGCAAAAAUGAAUCCCAAAACCGUAUAAAUUAGUUCAAAAGUAUGGAAGGUUCAUUUCCAAGAUUAAUCUUUUGAACCACUGCUACUAAGCAUAAAAUUUUUCCUGAGUGGUUUUUUCUUCUCAUGAAAUGGAUUGUCUCCAUUCUAAUUUUUCUAAAUCUUGUUCGGGUCUAUUGCAUUUAAAGUUUGAAUAGUUUAAGACUUAGAAAAUUAUUACUGUACGUUUGAUCAAUUAAAGUAUUAAUUGGAUCUUUCUACUCUCUUUCAAAAAAUUUGAAAACUUAGCAUUCAGUGACUGGUUUCUCUUAUUCUUUUGACUAUUUUGGAAGUUAUGGCAGCAUUUAAUUAAGUUUCUAGGGUUGAACAAACAUUUUUUCUUUUAAAGUUUAAGCUUGCUCUUUUUUCUCAUCAAUUCACUUUACUUAAAUACCUAUUUUGUUUUGUUUUAUUCGUUAUUUCAGCAAAAUGUUUUAUUUUUAUAUACUUUUUGCGCUUUUUAGUAUGAGAAGUUGAACUUAACUAAAACUUGAACUAUGAAAAGUAUCAACGAUACAUUUUAAAUACUUUUAUAUCUUUAUUUUUUUAUUUGCUAAUUGAUUAAUUUGUAUUGAUUGUUGUACCAUAAAUAAUCGCUAAGAUGCUUUGAAUAAAUUGAUUGAAAUUUUAA